CAGAGCAAGCUUCCGGAAGCCAAGGCGAUGUAUAAGCGAGCGCUAGAAGGAUACAAGAAGGCGCUUGGGCUAACUCAUCCCAAGACGUGUACUGUUACACGUAACUUGCGAUAUUUAAACUCCAGCCAAGGUACGAGGCUACUUAACUAUUAUUUUAUAUAUAAAAGCCUAAUGAUAAUAGUAAAUGCGCCAACCAGACCUAGAAAGAAUGACUUAGUUAGUAGGACAGAGGUUUCUGUAAGACUAUCGACUAAACUUCGUAACAUCAUCCCUAUUCGCAAGAGGUCAUAA